GCGGCGGCUCCCCGGCGGCUCCCGGCCCGGCGCUGUCUGCCCGCGGCGCCCGCAUCGCCGGCGGCGUGCCGGGGCUGCUGGACGGGGGCUUCGCCCUCUACGUCGCCGACCCCUUCGACCGGGAGCGCAACCCCGAGGUGCGGGCGGCGGCCCCGGGGGCUGCGGGGAGCCGGCGCAAUGCCGCUGUGGCUCAGCGGCUCGGUGUCGUCUCUUCCAGGGCAUCGUGAACCUGGGGACCAGCGAGAACAGGCUGUGCUUUGAUUUGAUAGAGGAGAGACAUGGUACAGCACAGCGGAAGCUCCCAAGAACUCCGUGUUCUACAGUGUCUCUCUCUCGUCUCACUAGCUCGCACGACCUGACAUGAACUGUCUGGAGCCCGAUCUCUUCCAGUACCCUGACACGCAGGGUGCGAGGAGCUUCAGAGAAGAAAUCGCAAGAUUUCUGACUGACUAUGCCAGAGCUGCAGAAGAACUUAGUCCAGAACAUAUCACUGUCAUGAAUGGCUGCUGUGCUGUUUUUGCCACUCUGUCAACUGUGCUAUGUGACCCUGGUGAUGGAUAUCUUAUUCCAGCUCCUCACUAUGGUGGCAUAAAUUCAAAAAUGUGGCUAUAUGGUGGACUGCAGCCUGUGCACGUGCCCUUGUCCAGUGAGGUGACUAACGAAGAAAGUCGCCCUUUCCAGUUAACAGUUGAAAAAUUAGAAGCUGCACUACAGAGAGCUAAAAAGCAGGACAUCAGAGUGAGAGUAUUAGUCCUCAUCAACCCUAACAACCCCCUAGGGGACAUUUACCCAGAGCAGUUACUGAAGGAAUGCCUUGAGUUUGCACACAGACAUGAAUUGCAUGUAAUAAUGGAUGAAAUCUACAUGCUGUCUGUUUAUGAUGAUAUCACCUUCACCAGUGUUCUUAGCUUAGAUAGCCUGAAAUGCAGCAGAGUGGAGCAAAGAGUUGUUCUCUAUCAAGUACAAGAGCCAUUUUGCAUCACUUACAGAAAUACUGCAUUUGUGCUAAUUUUACCAGAUCCAGCACGAACACAUUUUAUGUGGGGUUUUAGCAAGGAUUUCGGUAUGAGUGGAAUCAGAGUUGGGGUGCUGUACACCAGAAAUGAUGACAUUCAGAAAGCUGUGAAUCAACUAGCUGUCUUCCACAGCUGUCCUGGACCUGUUCAGCAUGUUCUCUGUCAAUUCCUUAAGGACAGAGAUUGGUUGGAUAAUGUGUUUUUUCCCACCAACAAGAAGAGACUUAAGGAAGCACAGAAUCUUCUUGUGGGUGGACUUGCAGACAUUGGAAUACCUGUGCUCAGAAAUUCAGGAGGACUUUAUGUGUGGGCAGACUUCAGAAAAUUCUUAAAAUCACAGACAUUUGAAGCUGAACUUGAACUAUGGCAGAAGCUCCUUGAUAAGAAACUCCUGAUUAGUCCUGGAAAAGCUUUUUAUUGUUAUGAGCCAGGAUGGUUUAGAUUGGUUUUCUCCGAUUCCGUAGAAAAGAUUUACUUAUGUAUUGAGAGACUUAAGGAAAUGUUGCAUGCUGAUGAUGCCAAACCAGUUGUAAGCAAUGCAUCUUCCACUGCAAACUCUUCAUGCAGCCCAGAAAAAGAUUCUUCUGGCACAGCUUCAAAUACACCACAAGAUGAUGCUUCCCAGCUAAAAAAUAUACUUGUUUUUUAAAACCAUCUGUGCAUUUAAUGUCUGAUGAAAUUUAGCAUGCUUAUGUUUACUAAAGGAUUACAUGACUUAAGUAUUUUUGGCUGUAACGUUGCAGAACAGUCUCACUUUGCUGUCACUUGGCAUUUCUAAUCUUGCAAGUGGACCUGCUGAAUGGAAUUGGAGGAGAUUGGACCUCUUGGAUAUUCUGAAAUUUGCCCCUGUUAAGCACUGCCUCCAGCUUCAUUCAAUUUGAAGUGUAUUAAGCAUCAGUGAAAAUCAAGAUGUCUUACAUACAUACUUGGGUUGUGGAUCCAUUGAUGUGGGACUAUAAAAUUUUGAACACGCCGGUAAAAUUAUGCAGAUUACUAUAUGUAAUGGAGUGUAUAUUUUAAUCAGAAGACUGCAAGUACUGAAUCAGGUGAUAUUUAAGUUUUGCUAAAUUUUUGUAGCUGGCAAAAUGUAUAUUCACAGGAUUGUAUGCAUCUGACAAUAUUAUGUAUAUCUUUCUGUAUGUGCUUUGCUGGUGAGGACUUUCUGAGAAAGCAUUUCAGAGUUUGAGCUUCCAGGCUCCCUGACAAAUUAUUUCUGUGUGCCUGUAUUCACUGCACACUAUCAGCAUUUGGGAUCAUAUUUUCAUACAUUAAAAACAAUAUAGCCUCAGAAAUCUAUAAUGUACGGUGAUGUGACAGAGUUGGGAGGGAACUUCGUUGAUUUUUAUUUUGUUGUUGUUCUGUUUUUUGUUUGUUAAAGUAUUUGCCAUCUUAGUUCACAACUUGCUGCAUUACUUAGGUUUGGUGAGUGAAAACUAGUGUUGCAAAAUUAACAAACUGCUUCAGGGGAGUAAAAGGCCAAGAGGUUAUGAAGCUACUGUAGCAAAGAUACCAAAUGAGUUCUCUGUAUCCAUACCAACAGAAGUUGUCGUUACUGUCAGUGAAGACACUGCUUUUUGCAAAAAAGAUUCGUGUCCUCCCCAUGAAGGUAAGCGUGACUGCAAGGAUGAGAGAGAAUCAACGAAUAUAAAGAAGUUCUGUUGUCAGUGAUCACUUGACUCUGUGCUGGGGAUCAUACAAUAAGAAGGAUCACUGGUGUAAUCACAACAGUUUUGCUGCUUGGCACAUCACAUCCGUCUUUCAUAGAAGUGUUCCUCUAGGAAGGCUGUUCUACUGUGUAUAUCCACAAUAUCAGCAACCGCAAUAAAUGUCAUCUUUGUUCCAUGUAGAACAUGCCUUGUAAAGAUGGAGGCCAAACCUCAAAGCACAGUGAGGAGAAGAUACCUGCGAUGCUGGGCUCCAGGCUGUGUCCAAAUGAGGCUGCCAGGGCAUGCUCCUGACUCAAAUCCAACUUGCCCUCAGCCAAGCUUAAUUUUGUUAACUGUGACUGCAGUUUUUCUUCAUUCCUUAAAUAAAUGCAGGUGAGAUUCAAAUAAACACUUGAGGAUGCAAACUUGA